CUUGGGAAGCAUACAUAUGCGUGUGUGCAGCAUGUAAACAACAUUGCUUGUUUAUAGUAUAUUUGUGAAAUUUCCCAUCCAGCUGGGUUCUCUUGUGCUGUGCAUGGUCCUGUUUCACGUGGAGGGAGGUGUUAACUGCUUGAUUCCACUCUUACAAAUUCCUCAUUUGCAUCAGGUGAAUUAAGCACCUUGUGACUGCUGUGGUAACCUUGUGGUAUCUUGAUAUUCUUGUUAUUCCGCAGGUGGUGAUAUUCAUUUAUUGUGGUAGCAACCAGCAGCUCCAGUCAGGAUCAGGGCCCCAGAGGUCCAGGCCUUGCACAGCCACACGCACAAAAGACAGUCCCUACUCUAAAGAACUUACAGUAUUACACCCCAGUCCUCCGAAGCUUUAUGCCUGUGCUUAACUCUAUGCACUGUCAAUAGUCAAUGGAAUUACUUGCAGUGCUUAAAAUUAAGCAUAUGCCUAGGUCUUAGUAGGGUCCGGGCCAUAGCAGUAGAAGAGUCAGAAAUUAAAUCUAUGUUGAAAGCAAUAUGCAGUCAGGCUAAAAUCAUGUUUUGGAGAAACAGAGAGUGAGUUCCUGCCUCUGGUUACUAAUGAUACUUAAAGUGAUUGAAACUGAAAAAAAAUCUAAUUUACUUCUAUCUCUGGUUUUGGUUAUUUUUACAUUUUGUAUUUGGACAAUGAAAAUAGACCAGUGGCUUUAAUGUUUUGGUUCUUCUGUAUUAACCCAUGAAACAAUGCAGGGAAUGUUUUUUAAUUUUAAAAAAUUGUUUGAAUUUAAAGGGGCAUGACCUAGAUAGGGGCCAAAUUUUUAAAAUGUGUAAGGAGUGGGGGAAGCCCUCCAGCUUUUCUAAAAACCUAACACCAACACGAUUUGUACAAAUUAAAGGGGAAAAAAUCCAGUGAAAACAGUUGCUUCUAAACAAAGAUACUUCUCUGCAGAGAUUCCAACUCUGCCCCACAGAGAACCUGAAAGUGAAAUUGACUGAACAACAGUAGAGGUGACUUUAUUGAUUCCCACUGUCUACACUGGGAGAAAUGCAAAAAGGAGAAAAGAAGAAUCCAUCUCUUGGGCUUGAGACAUAUUCUGGAUCAUCUUUGAAUAGAAGAGCACAAUGCCUUUUUUGCACGGCUUCCGCAGGAUCAUUUUUGAGUAUCAGCCACUGGUAGAUGAGAUCUUGGGAUGUUUGGGGAUACAGGAUCCUGAAAAGCAGGAAACUCUAGAGAGCCCCAGCUACCUAGCUGAAGACAGUGGCAAAUUCUUGGUCCUCAACAAGCUGUUGGAGAGAGAGACCCAGUCCCCAUUCUACCAAGAAGGCGUGAGCUACUCUUUGCUGAAGGUAGCGGAACUCGGGCUGGUGCCUGCAGCUGAAAUCCUCCUGCAGAAUGGGGCCAAUCUUGUCUUUGAAGAUCCCGUCACCUAUUACACUGCUCUGCACAUCGCUGUUCUCCGAAACCAGCCAGACAUGGUGGAGCUGCUAGUGCGCCACGGGGCGGACAUUAACCGGAGAGAUCGGAUUCACGAGAGCAGCCCCCUGGACCUCGCCAGUGAGGAGCCCGAACGGCUGCCAUGUUUGCAGCGUCUCCUGGAACUCGGUGCUGACGUCAACGGAGCUGACAAAAAUGGAAAGACAGCUCUGCUGCAUGCCCUGGCCAGCAGCGAUGGAGUUCAGAUCCACAACACCGAAAACAUCCGGCUCCUGUUAGAAGGAGGAGCAGACGUGAAGGCCACCACGAAAGACGGUGACACUGUCUUCACCUGCAUCAUCUUCCUGCUUGGUGAGACGGUUGGCGGGGAUAAAGAGGAGGCGCGAAUGAUCAACCGCUUCUGCUUCCGGGUCACCCAGCUGCUGAUGGCCCAUGGUGCUGACCCCAGCGAGUGCCCAGCCCAUGAGUCCCUCACGCACAUCUGCCUCAAGAGUUUCAAGCUUCACUUCCCACUCCUGCGCUUCCUGCUGGAGUCGGGGGCCUCCUACAACUGCUCCUUCCACGGCCCCUCGUGCUGGUCAGGCUUUCACAUAGUCUUUGAGAGGCUGUGCUCCCACCUCAGCAGCUCGGAAGACGACAGUUUCUCUGCUGACCUCCUGCAGAAAGCAGAAACUGUCCUAGAGCUCAUGGUGGCCAGCUCACAGAUCCCCAAACUGCCCAGCAACUUUGACAUCAACUCCACCAGCUGCAGGUUCCAGGGGGAGAAGAUCAAGGCCCUUUUCCACUCCCUGAAGCAGCUGCAGCACUCACCGCAGGCCCUGAAACAUCUCUGCAGGGUAUACAUCCGGCAGCGCCUUGGACCGUGGCCAGUGGAUGUGAAGAUCAAGGCACUUCCCCUUCCUGACAGGCUAAAGUGGUAUCUCCUCAUAGAUCACGGCAACACUUGCGAGGAGGACAUCUGAGCCAGGCAGGGCACAGACCUGGAAUCCUCACUCCAAUCCCUCCCCAAACACUCUGGUGACUUGGUUUCCCCACCCAGAAGAGCAGGAGGUUCCUUAUGGUCCAGCCAGUGUUUUGUUUGAUCAUGCUGUCCACAAAUACUGCUGCAGGGCGUGUGCAUUUAGGCACCACAUGGGCCUGGCUUCUCUGGGAAGGGACACCCUCAACAGCACAUUACCUGUAUCCCACUGAAGUGUGAUUCGGGGUGGGAGGGUAAAGGGAUAAGUGGAUUGGGCUGGUGAUCUGGACUUUGUGCCUUUACGAGCAGUGAGUGUUGGUAGGAAGGCUGCUUCGCACGGAUGUACAGGAAACGCCUGCCUGGAGUUGGGAUCAUGAGCCCGGUCUGAGGAGCAGAAACCAGAGUAGACUCAGGUGAUGCUCCCCCUAGGUUGUCCAACUGCAUGUGCCAUGUUGUUUGAAUUAGGCUGAGGAACAACCAACCAUUCCCCCUCUCCCUCAUGCACCCACCAGUCUCCGGCCGCGCACUAAACGCAAGAAUGGCUGAAGCAGUGUCUUAGACAAAUGGCUGCUUCUAACUCUGCCACCUCUGGGGAGUGCGGCCUGUGGCGGGAAGACGCCUCGGGCUGCUAAGAGAAAAUGUUCAACGAGCGCCUCCGCCUCCUGUCUCCUUGGGAAGCUAGCAGGUUUCCCCUCAGGCCAGGCCCAAGCGCAGGCAGUGCUGGCCGAGGGAGUGAUGGCCUUUUGCCAGCCCCCUCUGCGCAGAGCCUUGAGCAGCCUUGGCUCUCCCAGCACUUGGAAAGCAGGAGAUGUGGCCCUUUGCAGCAUGGGCCACGUGCCAAAGGAGCAACUAAAUUCACCCAGGAUUUCCCAGAGCCCUGGUCAACACUGGCAGUCACACAACAGCUUGUCCACUUGUACCACCUGCUAGGACUAAACAAAGAACAGAGAGAGGUUAGCAUUCUUGCUCUCUCUCUUUUUCCCCCAGGCAUCUGCCAAGCACUUGGGGCGAAGGCUGGUGUCCCUGUGAGCCAGGUGGGCUGUGGGCUCAGAGAAACAUUUACAAAUGAGAGGGAAGUGGCAGGGCUGGGCGCAGCACCUGAAGCUCUAGCUCAGGGCUUUGCAAUCUACUGAUAUUGCAAGUGGAGGGCGGCACCUUUUGCGGCAAGAGGAAAUGAUUGGCUUGUGAAAUGAAGUGCUCAGGGGCUACUGGAAGAGAUAGUAUGAACAGUGCUAACAUGGGGCCUGGUUGUGGAUUCCCAGGCCAGGCUGUCCUUUCAGCUUAGUCUAGUAGCAAGGUAUUCCCAGCUCCUGGGGUUGGGGUUUCUCCACGCUGCUGCCUGCACCACUCAGUGCCUUGGGGGUGGUGGACAAGUCUACUCGAGCAGAGGAGCCACUAACCUUCUUUCCAGCCUAGGCUCCUUUGACCCUCCCCCUGAGGCCAUGUCUUGGGCUGGAGGUGCCUCCUCCUGGAGGCCGUGCACUUUGCAGCAUACUUCUUGCAGCACUCAAGGCCUGGUGGCAAAGGGUGGGGCUCUCGUUUUCUUCGGUUAGUGCCCUGCUAAACUCUAGGUGUGAUCUUAGCCUGGGGCUGCAGAGACAAAAGGCCAAAUCACAGCACCACCCACGGAGGGCAGGUUUCCCUACAGCAUGUUAAUUACCCUAAGUGCCAAAGCCAAACAGCUGCUAAGCCAGUCUCACCCCUGGGAGAAAAAGCAAGGCUCCAGUGAGGAAAUCCCCUGUGAUUCGCCUCCAGUUACCAGCUAGGCAUGAAAAGCCUUCAAGUAUCUGGGGCUAACAUUGCAGCUGGGUAGGACAUGACGCUCUUCCUCCUGGGCCAUCACCUCUACCCAUUUGUUAACACUCAGCAGGGUAGGAACAUGAAAUUCACUCUCCUGCCAAAAUCCAUCCACUCAUGUCUCCCCCCUACACCCCCACCCCAAACACUUCACAGGAGCAGCUGACAAUCAUAUUGACAAAUGGGUGUAAAAUGAAACACUGUGCCAGUGUCUUGCUGAGCUCAAGCCAUUAAACAUGACCUAUUGUCAUAGAAAAUGGAUGCUUGUUUCCUUUGGGGUGGGGACUCCCCAGGGGCUCAGCAGCUGGGCCCUACCUGUCCCUUAGGGGGAUGAAGACUUAACAGCAGCACUCUUCAGUGGGGGGAGCUAGUUGCCCAGCUGUCAGUAAGUGGGUAACACUGAAGGGCCAGGCCCCAUGGAAUCAUUCCUUAUUUUCAAUGAGAGAUGGAGGCAGCGAUUGCCCACACACAUCUUUGACCGUGGGACUAGGUGUAGGACUCGCUUUUGAGCUUGAUGAAACGAGUAUAAAUCUGGCAUAACCCAAAAUGAUGCCAGCUCCCAGGAUUUACAUUGCUAGCGGCAGUAGAGAGAAGCCAGAUUUACACGAGACUGCACCCAGAAUCUGAAAAAGA